UCGUCUGUUAGUAUGGAAAAUGCUGAGCCUACGACAAGUUCUACGAUCCGGAGCUCUGCGUCAUCUUCGAUCCCUGAGCGUCCAGCCACAGGGCGAUGUCCUUUCCCAGAGCUGCGAUGUCCUGAUCAUCGGCGGAGGCGGAAUGGGUGCAUCGUCAGCUUUCUGGCUAAAAUCCCGGACACUGCAGCUUGGCAAGAAGCUCAAUGUGCUGGUCGUAGAGCGGGAUGCAGGCUACACCAGCGCCUCUACCGUGCUCUCUGUGGGCGGAGUUCGCCAACAGUUUUCCCUGGCCGAGAACAUAGAGAUGUCACUCUUCGGAUACGACUUCAUAGUGAACGGGCAGAAACACUUGGGAGACGUGGAUUUGUGCUACCAGCCAAACGGCUACUUGAUCCUGGCCUCCGAAAAGGGUGCCCAUGUCCUGGCUCAGAAUUCUAAACUGCAGAACGAGUUGGGAGCCAGAAACGAAUUGCUUGGUCCGGUGGCGCUGCGCCGGCGAUUUCCCUGGCUGUCGACCGAGGGCGUUGAGCUGGGAUGUCAUGGGAUCGACAAGGAGGGUUGGUUUGACCCGUGGGCCCUGCUGAUGGGGUACAAGAAGAAGGCCCGUGCCCUGGGUGCCAAUUUCGCCAACGGUUCUGUGGUGGGUUUCGAAAGGAAUGCCUCUGGCGCACUUUCUGCGGCUUUGGUCGACGCCGGAGACGGAGUGCAGCGCACUGUUAGAUUUGACACCUGCGUCCUGGCCGCGGGAGCCUAUUCGGGACAGGUGGCGCGUCUUGCAGGCAUCGGAGAUCCGGAUGCGAAAGAAAGUUCCUUGACGGUGGCACUGCCAGUGGAGCCACGCAAACGGUACGUCUAUGUGUUCAGCACUCAGGGCCGGAACUGCCCGGGCGUGGCCACGCCUCUGACUGUCGACCCGGAUGGUACCUAUUUCCGACGCGACGGCCUCUGUGGGAACUUCCUCUGCGGCCGCAGUCCGAGCGAAGACGAGGAGCCGGAGUGCGAAACUCUGGACGUGGAUCACGGCUACUUUGAGUCGGAUGUAUGGCCCACACUGGCGAGCCGAGUGCCGGCCUUCGAGUCGGUGAAGAUUCAGAGCAGCUGGGCGGGCUACUACGAUCACAACACAUUCGAUGCGAACGGCAUCAUCGGCCGGCACCCUCACUACAGCAAUCUCUUAAUAGCAGCCGGCUUCAGCGGCCAUGGCAUCCAACAGACCCCGGCCGUAGGUCGAGCCAUUUCCGAGCUGAUUCUGGACGGCAAGUUCAGCACACUAGAUCUGUCUCGUCUCGGUUUUGAGCGCCUGGUGAACAAGCAGCCCAUGUUUGAGGUGAAUAUUGUUUGAUUGCCGUCCCUCUACCAAUUCUUAGUCUUGCUUUCGUAAACGGUAUUAACAGAGCCUUUUUGUGUGUAUGUACUUCUUUUAUUGCAAUUUCUGUUGUGUAUAUAGUAAUUUUGUAUAGUAAAGUUCACGUUUUAGUCACGUA